AUGGGUUCGGAGGCAGUCAAAGUUGUUGUACGAUGUCGGCCACUAAAUAAACGUGAAAAAUCACUUAACUGUAGUAGCGUUCUUGAAAUUUUUAAUGAUACUGGUCAAUGUUCGAUUAUACAUCCUAGCAACAAAAAUCUACCCCCUAAAAACUUUUUCUUUGAUGGGUCAUAUGACCACAAUUCAACUACAGAGCAAAUUUAUAACGAUAUCUGUUAUUCUGUAGUAGAAGGGGUCACUCAGGGAUAUAACGGAACGAUAUUUGCUUACGGCCAAACUGGAUGUGGGAAAUCUUAUACCAUGCAGGGUAUAUCUGAGCCCUAUGCACAAAGAGGUGUUAUACCACGCGCAUUUGAUCAAAUCUUUGAAACCAUAUCCGUUAGUGAAAAAACUAAAUAUUUAGUGCAUGCAUCAUUUCUCGAAAUUUACAAUGAAGAAAUUCGUGACCUUUUAGGACGCGAUCAUAAAGCUAAGUUGGAAUUAAAAGAGAACCCUGAUAAAGGAGUUUAUGUUGCUGGCCUGUCAAUACAUAAAAUAACCUGUGUAAAAGACUGUCAGAAUAUUAUGGAAACUGGAUGGAAAAAUCGUUCAACUGGAGCCACAUUAAUGAAUGCUGAUAGUAGUAGAUCACAUUCUAUUUUCACAAUCUAUUUGGAAAUGAUUGAUCAAAAUGAAAAUUUAUCUGAUGAUAAUCAUAUACGAGCUGGUAAACUGAAUUUAGUUGAUUUAGCUGGUUCGGAAAGACAAACAAAAACUGGUGUAUCUGGUGAUCGUUUCAAAGAAGCUACAAAAAUCAAUCUUAGUUUAUCUGCACUGGGUAAUGUGAUUUCAGCUUUAGUUGAUUCCAAAGUUAAGCAUAUACCCUACCGUGAUAGCAAAUUAACACGAUUACUUCAGGAUAUCUUCAUCAGGCAAUCGACAUUUCCUUGCUUGUCACCAGCAGAUAAUAACUAUGAUGAAACUUUGAGCACACUACGUUAUGCUAAUCGGGCGAAAAAUAUACAAAAUAAACCUAAAAUUAAUGAAGAUCCUAAAGAUGCAUUGUUACGUCAAUAUCAAGAUGAAAUAAAACGUUUAAAAGAACUCUUGAAUAAUAGACAAUUAACACCUACAACUUUUAAAGUGUUCAAUAUAAAAGAAAAUAUUGAAGUGCAAGAUAUUGAAGUAGAGAAAGAGAAAUUAAGACAAGAUUAUGAAACAAAAUUAAAGGUUAUGGAAGCCCAGUACAGUGCAGAGGCAGCUGAUAAAGCUAAAAUACUUGCCGAUAUGACACGUUUAAGGGAAUUCUAUGAUGCUAAAAUUUCCGAGUUAAAUACUCAUCAUGGGUCAUUGCCAACAACAGAUCAAUUUCUUGAUGACAAUCGUGAUAAAACAAAUCGAAUGAUCGAUUACACUUGUUCGAGCACAUAUGAUACUGUGAAACCACCUUCUAAUACAGACACCUUGAAAACAAAUACAGUUGAGGAUGAUCAAACAGAAAGUCUUUUUGAAUCAAAAAUGAAUCCAAUUCAAACACAAACAUUAUCACAAGACAAAAGUAAUGUAUUUCUAGAUUCCUUUAGUGAAAAACUUACAGAAGAUGAACUUCUGAAAAGACUGAAAUUAUUAGAAGCCGAUAUUGUUGGCGGUGAACAAGCCGAAAGAAGACGUCGAUUAGCUGAAGCUAAUGCAGAUUUAGAAGAUGAUGGUAUAAUGAUUGAUAUUUAUGAGACCAUACAAGAUGAACUGCAUUACAAAAGUAAAGCAUUACAACGACAAAAGCAAAAGGUUUAUGCAUUACAAAUGGAAAUCAAAGAUAUCCAAUCAGAAUUUGAACAAGAUCGAAACGAUUACCUGGAAACUAUAAGACGUCAGCAACAUCAAAUAAACUUACUAAAUAUGAUCUUGGAUAAGAUUCAACCAUGUAUACGCAGAAAUUGUAAUUAUCAUGAUAUAGAUAAGAUUAAACGAACAGCCAAAUUUGAUUUAGAAAAAAAUGAAUGGAUACUGCCUCCAAUGACUGUUGAACGUUUACAAUUACCUUCAACAAAUUUGGAUGAUAUAUCUAUUCAGUCUAAUUCAAAUCAAACAAAUUUUUAUGAUAAUCCAGAACGAAAUAUGAUAGCAAAAGAUCUGGAAUGGGGAAAUGAAGAAGACUCUAGAUUGUACGCCAAACUGGCUAGUAGGACACAAUUUCAAAAUAAUUAUUUUACAAAUCGACGUGCAAGUCAACUAUUACUCAAUUCAGUUACAAACAAAUCAGAUUUCACAAAAUACAGGUGUCUUAACAACAAUGUGACUAAUCCAAUGAGUUAUUCCUACGGUGAAAUUGCUAACAACUCUGAAUUUGCAUCAAUUUCAUCUUGUGACACUGAACCGAGUUUAAAUCCGUAUAUGAAUUCUCUAGAAGAUGCUAACAGAAAACCGAAAAAGUUAAAUCUCAUGUCUGAAGUCCCAUUCAAUUCAGCCAAUAACUACGGACAACUUAGACAAUCACAGGACCGUGUGCAAAAGUGAAAAACCACUCAAAAAUAUUGUUCAAAACAAAAAAAACAAUCAACAUAAUAAACAAUAGACAUCAAGAUUCCCAAGAAGUACUCAAACUCCUGUCUUGUAACUUUUAGGCUCUAAACCUAC